AUGGAGCAUAAGGAAAUGGAGAGUGAGAAUAACAACAAAGAACUCGUGAAGGAAGACCAAGUGAAAAAGGAAGACCAGGCAACGAAGAAGGUCGCCGAAAGUUCAGAGGAAAAUGAAAUGCCACUUGUUAACAGCGUCUCCCUGGGGAAGCACCUCCUCAGCGGGAGUUCCUUGAAGAAGGGUAUUAGCGUGAGCGUUAGAGGAAGAGCAGCGAACGGAGGAGCCAACGCGAAGCAAGCUGGAUCUGCAUGGAAAAAGAAAGAUGAAAAGAACAAUGAAGAGGUAGGAGAAGAGAAGGAGAAAAAAAUAGACGACGAAUCCUUCCCAGAUUUGUUGGAGUCAACAGAAAAAAUAAAAUCAGAAUUGUCCAAAGAGAAAGAUAAAAAGAAAAAACAAUUAAAAGAUUUUAAAAAGGGAGAUGAACCCUUUUUAAAUGAUAAUGUUGGAUUAGAAAAAAUGAAAAUAGACGGUUUCCCUGAGAAGAAGAAAUUUGGAAUGAAUAUGUUUGGAGGCCAAAGGAAAAAUGAGAAUAACCAGAAGAAGUGGUUUGAAGGAUCUGCUGAUUUUAGUGCAGGUAAUAAUAAUGUUCAGAAUGAGAACAAUGAAAAGCUGGUUAAGAAUGGUUAUAUUAUGCCCGGCUUUAGGGGAAAGCAUAUGAUUGGCUUUAGGUGCUUUUUAAAGCGUGGGUUGCAGAGCCCUGCGCCACUUCCUCCCACGACGUUGCCACAGGAGGAAAGUUUCUUCUUGGAAAAUGUGGAGAACAGGGGCGGCAUGCAGAAGAAGAAUGGAAGGAUAGGUCAACAGAUGAGUCAACAGAUGAGUCAACAGAUGAGUCAACAGAUGAGUCAACAGAUGGGUCAACAGAUGGGUCAACAGAUGGGUCAACAGAUGGGUCAACGCAUGAACAUGCAGAUGAAUUUUCCUCUGAAUAAUAUAGCACCCAAUGUGCAAGGAAAUAACAAUCAGCAGAGGAAUAAUCAGAACAACAUAAUGACCAACGUAGAAGGGGCAUUAGAACGGGGAGGAGGAGCAGUCGCAGGAGGAGUAGGAGGAGCUGUAGCAGGAGGGGGGGUUGAUCAGGUGAAUCACCGAUUCGCUUCGAUGGCUACACAGAAUAAUCAAAACAAAUUCAAUGGUAACGGAGGAAAUAUGAUAAAGGGAAAUAAUUUCAAUAGGAGUGGAAGAAAUUUUGCAAACAAUAAUAACAACAAUAUGCUUAAUGUGGAAGGCAUGGUGAGUUCUAAAGGGAUGAAUAACUUGUCGGGGGCACAAGGGAACGUUGUAAAUCACAUGAGGAGAAAUGAAAAGAGAGAGGAUAGGAAUUUUAGGAGAAGGGACAUAGAUACUGAGAGCAACUGGAGAGUAGCCAGUUCCGCUAAUAGGAACCCCGAGGGAGGGGAGCCUGAUAAAAUAUACGCGGAGGGAGGUAUGAACAAGGGGGGUAAUAACAGCGUAAGCGGUAAGAAUAUGAGGGGGUACAUCAAUUCCGUUGAUGGUAGGAGCGGCACGAAUAGGGGCAGUAUCGAAGGCAACUUGGAGAACGGACAAAUGGUCAACAUGAACUUCCAGGGUGCGGUAAAUAUGUCAGGAAAUAAUAAGAACAUUUUUAUAAAGAGCAACGAAGAGGCAAAGAGCAGCAACGUCUUCAAGGGAAAUAUUCUGGAUAGCAAGAAUGAGGAAAUUGGAAACAACGCAUUCAAGAGUGGUUUGAUAAAUGGGGGGGAGAAUACACAAGGAAGUGUGAUGGCGAACGAGAUGGGUGGGGAUGGCUUUGGAAAGAUGGUGAACUUUGGAAACGCGAACAACAGUAACCAGAAAUUUGAUUUUAACAAAAAUUCCAUCGGGGAGAACUUUGGUUCCGGCAACAAAGUGAUGCAUUCGAUGGAUCUGAGAAAGGCCAGGAUGAGGGAGAUGAGAAACGUGAAUGAACAGAAUAACAAUUCGAAAGAGGGAUAG